ACGAGAGAGAGUGUGAAAGAACAAGAGAGAGUGGGGCGAGGGAGAAGAAAUGAGAGGGAGAGAGAGGGAACGUGAAGAGGAGUGAGCGAGUGUGAAAGGGAAAAAGAGCGUGAGGGAGAGAGAAAAGAUAAUGCAAGCAGGAAGAACACGGAGCCAGCCGGUAUGAGCCAUUAGUCAAAGUUCCGGUCAUUAGGAAUGAUCUCCACGCCAACUCGCACCACGGCCACGGUCAGCCCUCUCACCCCACUAGCCAAUGGGAGUGUGGCUGCUCAGUCUGCUCACUCUGGAUUCGCUGCCGCCCUCCGUCAAUUGGCCAAACAGGCUGAAGAUCCCAGAGGUUCUUCUCCCAGUAGUGAGUCUUCAGUCUCCUCUCCAGCCACCUGUCUCAGUAAUUCAGUCACCACUCCUAAGAGGGGGUUGUCAGGGCCACUCCAGACCUCAAGUGGGGUAGACUGCCUUCCCUCCACCCCUCCUGGAGUCACCAUCGCCUCAACUCACAGCAAGACCAGCAACAUUAUCUGGAUAGGAGAAGGGCACCAGGCUGAGUCAGGUUUUUGUGGAGUGAGGGAGAGUGUUGGGUCUGAGCUCAGCCCUACCCAGGAGAAAGGAGGUUAUCCUGUCCCCUCUCAUCACGUCUUGGCUCACCCCUCUUACCCCUUCAGCCUCAACCCCAGCUCUGUCAUGCAGGACCGGCAACUACAGGGCCUUAGUCUACCUGGUCAGGUACACCCUGCAGUUCCCUCGGGGACGGUCCCAGAGGAGUACCUGAGAGGACUCCGCCCCUUUGCUACCUCAGACGACCUCCGCCUACCCUCGCUGCACCUGGGGCUUGACCCCGUCACCGCUGCCCAUGUUACUGCUGCUGCUGCCUACUACCACCCUGCCUAUCUCCACCACCUACACAGGAUGGAGGAGUCUCUGUGUCUGUCUGCACUGCGCUCUCAGUUCUACUCUGUACCAGCAGGCGGAGCCUUCUCUACCCUCCACCCCUCUGCCCUCCACAUGCACGUGCCUGGGGCACGCUACCCUGGGGAGCUCAGCCACACACACAGCACAAUAGCUGAGAGACUACAGAUGGAGGAAGACCUUCGCCAACGAGAGAAACAGAGGGAGCUUGAGCUGGAACGGGAGAGAGGGAGGGAGCGGGACAGAGAGAGAGAAAGGGAGCGAGAAAGGCAGAGAGAGAGAGAGAGGGAGAGGGAGAUGGUGAAAGCGGUGGGGACUCAGUACCUUGCUGGACUGAAGGCUCUCACGGCUCUGCCGGAGGACAGGGUCAGACCUGGGGAGAGGCUGACACCCAAAAGGCUGGGUAAGCCCACCCUCCCUGCCCUCCCAGUCCCUAAACCUCUACAACCAGACCUCCAGUCCUCCAGGGGGUCAGCCUCUCACCCCAUUCCCACCCUGGUGCCCUCUCAGAUGGGGAACGCACACACUGCCUCAGCCUCUACCGGGGGGCUCCAUGGAACACUGGCCUCUGCAAUGAAGCAGGCCAAUGGGGAGAAGCUCUGGUUGUCAAAGCAACGCCGGCAGGGGCAGGAGAGUGAGGCGUGGUCACCUGGGGAAGGGGUGGAGCCUAGGAGACACAGCUACAGGUCCAAUGCCAGCCAGCGUGACCCAGGCAACAGAGAGUCUCAACCCCACCUAGGAGCCCCACCUCCACUCAUCUCCCCCAAAGCUCACCCUCACCUCCUCCCCCACCCCCCUGUCCCUCCCACCACCCUCUGGAACCCUGCCUCUCUCACAGAGACCUCCCCAGACCCUCGUCGCAGGUUUGACUCCCCUAUUCCUCCCUCCCGCCCUCCUCCUGGUCUGACCAGAGCUGAGUGGCCCCCCAGCUGGGAGCGGGGGGAGGACGGAUGCAGGAGGAUGGGGGAGGGCCCAGAGAGGCUUUCCUUCAUCAGGGGACCCAUUCUGCAGAUUUCUGGCCUCUGGAGCAUGGCUGAGCUUGAAAGAUCCACUCACAGUCUCCACCACCAACACAACCACCACCAUAACCACCUCCACCAGCAGGGCUCACUGCUCCUCUCCUCCCCCAGCCCCAGCUCUGACCUGGGGGUCCAGCGCCCGCCCAGUUCCCCCUCUCCCUCCAGGGACCUCCAGAAGUCUGAGCGGCCAGGCCAGGAGCCUCAAAACCCAGUGGUGUACGAUAAGAUCCUCCAGCAGCAGCACAGGCUGGUCAGCAAGUUGGAUCUGGAGGAGAGCAGGAGGAGAGAGGCCAGGGAGGGAGGGUAUUACUAUGAUCUAGAUGAGUCGUAUGAUGAGAGUGAUGAGGAGGAAGUGAGGACCCACCUCAGAAGGGUUGCAGAGCAGCCCCCCCUAAAACUAGACACAUCCUCAGAGAAGGUGUGUUUUCUGCGCGUGUGUGGCCUGACCACGCUGGCCCAUCGUGACCAGCUGUUUCAUCAGAAGAGGAGGAAGAGGAGGAGGAUGCUGAGAGAGCGCAGCAUCUCCCCUCCUCCUGUACAAGGCAAGAGGAAGACCCCUUUUUCUACUGUGGCACCUGUUCCCCCCCUCAGCACCACUCUCACCCCUGAAGAGAUGAACUGCUUCCCUCAACUGGAGGACAAGAAACACUUCCUCAACAUGCUUAGCCUGUCCCAUGUCACCAGCCAGCAGAGGAGAGAUAAGGAAAAGAUGGAGGGGUUGCUGAAGGCUAUAAAGCUAAAGAGUGUGACAUUGGACACCAUCAGAUACAACCCAUUACCCCUCUGUAGCAGCACUCCUGCUCUCUCAACUGGUGACUACACACCUGACCUCCCAGCCGGCAAGUCAAACGGACUAGACUACCCAGACUCCCCAAGCCCCUUGCCUCCCUACCCCCACCAUCCCGACAACCUUCACACAGACCCACUAAACCCCCAACCCCUCCACCCCGCCCCCCCUCCCCUGGGCCUCCACCCCGACAGGGCAGGACUGUGCGAACGUCACCCAUCUAAGAGGCUCCAGGGUCUCCAGAACGGAGCAGGCCACCUUGGCCAUCCUACCCAACUGAAGGUGGCCCUGGCUGGACAGAAUGGGCAGAACAAGCCCUGGGAAAGAUUCAUCCGGGAGGACUUCGCCCAACACUUCCACCAGUCUGUGUUGCAGUCUACCCACAAGACACUGGGUAGCUCCAUAUGCGUUCCGGAGUCCAGUAUAAAGUCUGAGCCCUCAGCGCCCUACAACAUCCCCCCUCUGAAGAGACCAGACUCCCUCCACACACCUCCACACCCCACCAAUGGGCAUCACCCCUAUCCUUCUCCACCCCACCAUGACCCUGAUGGUGUACGGGUUGAGCGCUCAGAGGAAGAUGAGGAAGAGGAUGAGGAAGAAACCCCUAGGAAGUGGAAGGGCAUAGAGUCUGUCUUUGAGGCGUAUCAGGAGUAUGUGGAUGAGCGGGGUAUGGAGAGACAGGUUCUCCACAGUCAGUGCAGGAGGCUGGAGACUCAGAACUACACUCUCAGCCUGACAGCUGAGCAACUCUCACACAGCAUGGCGGAGCUGCUGAGUCAGAGACAGAGGGUGAAAGAUGAGAGAGAGAGACUGCAGGCUCAGCUAGAGCACUUCAGGAAGUGUCUGACCCUUCCCAACGUGCACUGGGGCAAGGGGCAGCUCAAAGGUCACCUUCCCCGGUGACUCCCUGCUCUGCUUCUGACAGAUUGACAGAGACAGACAGACAGACUGACUGACCUCUGGAGAGAGGAAACUGGAUUGGUUCCCAGUCAGAGGCAGAGAUGGAAGAGAACUCUGGACUGGGAAGGAAGAAAGGAUGGUAGAAAGGGAGGAGUGCCACACUCCUAGACUCUGUAGUGUGGUCAGACUCACCAUUGUUGAAAGACUAGAAGUCUAAAAGCUGGAGGUCGUAGCUACAGUGGGGAGAACAAGUAUUUGAUACACUGUCGAUUUUGCAGGUUUUCCUACUUACAAAGCAUGUAGAGCCAAAAUCCCUGCUGCAGUGUGUGAAAACCUGGUCAAGAACUACAGGAAACGUAUGAUUUCUGUAAUUGCAAACAAAGGUUUCUGUACCAAAUAUUAAGUUCUGCUUUUCUGAUGUGUCAAAUACUUAUUUCAUGCAAUAAAAUGCUAAUUAAUUACUUAAAAAUCAUACAAUGUGAUUUUGCAGAUUUUUGUUUUAGAUUCUGUCGCUCACAGUAGAAGCGUACCUAUGAUAAAAAUUACAGACCUCUACAUGCUUUGUAAGUAGGAAAACCUGAAAAAUCGGCAGUGUAUCAAAUACUUGUUCUCCCCACUAUACAUAAGAGUAUGGCAUAAUAUUGGCACCCACUUUAACCAAUUCUAGAAUUUGGGACAAUAAAAUGACGAGUAUAUCCUCCUUUUUUCCCUCCUUGAUUUUGAAGGGUUUGGAAGCAACCAAUAGCAAGCUCAAAAGGGAAUGCACAACCAAUAGCAAGCCAACCAACCACUGAACUGGAAGGACAAAUCAGCCAAGAUGCACUUAAAGACCUAGAAGAGCUACUAGGGAUCAUACUAGUGACAUUGCUGUUAGAACUAUCUAGAACAGUAAACACUGUGCUAUAGAGAUAUUACUAUUCAGUUUUUUCCCCACUUGGGUUCAUGGACUUACAAAAUCAUAGUUGUAGAAUAUUUAAGACAGUGUUUCUAUAGGAAAAUAACUGGAGGUUGUGAAAAUGUUUAUAUAUACAUAUAUAUAUAUAUAUACACACACUACCGGUAAAAGUUUUCAGAACGCCUACUCAUUCAAGGUUUUUGUCUUUCUUUUUUACUAUUUUCUACAUUGUAGAAUAAUAGUGAAGACAUCAAAACUAUGAAAUAACACAUAUGGAAUCAUGUAGUAACCAAAAAAGUGUUAAACAAAUCAUUCUUUAAAUAGCCAUCCUUUGCCUUGAUGACAGCUUUGCACACUCUUGGCAUUCUGACAACCAGCUUCACCUGGAAUGCUUUUCCAACAGUCUUGAAGGAGUUCCCACAUAUGCUGAGCACUUGUUGGCUGCUUUUUCUUCACUCUGCGGUCCGUCUCAUCCCAGACCAUCUCCAUUUGGUUGAGGUCAGGGGAUUGUGGAGGCCAGGUCAUCUGAUGCAGCACUCUCCUUGAUAAAAUAGCAUUAACACAGCCUGGUGUUUUGGGUCAUUGUCCUGUUGAAAAACAAAUGAUAGUCCCACUAAGCCCAAACCAGAUGGGAUGGCCUAUCGCUGCAGAAUGCUGUGGUAGCCAUGCUUGUUAAUUGUGCAUUGAAUUCUAAAUAAAUCACAGACAGUGUCACCAGCAAAGCACCCCCACACCAUACCACCUUCUCCUCCGUGCAUUAAAGUGAGAAAUACACAUGCUGAGAUCAUUCGUUCACCCACACUGCAUCUCACAAAGACACAGCGGUUGGAACCAAAAAUCUCCAAUUUGGACUCAUCAGACCAAAGGACAGAUUUCCACUGGUCUAAUCUCCAUUCUUGGCCCAAUCAAGUCUUUUCUUCUUAUUGGUGUCCUUUAGUAAUGGUUUCUUUGCUACAAUUCAACCAUGAAGGCCUGAUUCACACAGUCUCCUCUGAACAGUUGAUGAUGAGAUGUGUCUGUUACUUGAACUCUGUGAAGCAUUUAUUUGGGCUGCAAUUUCUGAGGCUGGUAACUCUGCAGCAGAGAUAACUCUGGGUCUUCCAUUCCUGUGGCGGUCCUCAUGAGAGCCAGUUUCAUCAUAGCGCUUGAUGGUUUUUGGGACUGACUUGAAGAAACUUUCAAAGUUAUUGAAAUGUUCCGUAUUGACUGACCUUCAAUGUCUUAAAGUAAUGAUGGACUGUCGAUUCUCUUUGCUUAUUUGAACUGUUCUUACCAUAAUAUGUACUUCGUCUUUUACCCUCAAAACACCAGUCUCAACGUCAACAGUGAAGAGGCGACUCCGGGAUGCUGGCCUUCUAGGCAGAGUUCCUCUGUCCAGUGUUUUUUCUUUGCAAUUCUGCCUAGAAGGCCAGCAUGCCGGAGUCUGCUCUUCACUGUUAACACGGACUGGUGUUUUGCGGGUCCUAUUUAAUGAAGCUGCCAGUUGAGGACUUGUGAGGCGUCUGUUUCUCAAACUAGACACUCUAAUGUACUUGUCCUCAUUCUCAGUUGUGCACCGGGGCCUCCCACUCAUCUUUCUAUUCUGGUUAGAGCCAGUUUGCGCUGUUCUGUGAAGGGAGUAUUACACAGCGUCUUCAGUUUAUUGGCAAUUUCUCGCAUUGAAUAGCCUUCAUUUCUCAGAACAAUAAUAGACUGACGGGUUUUAGAAGAAAGUUCUUUGUUUCUGGCCAUUUUGAGCCUGUAAUCGAACCCACAAAUGCUGAUGUUCCAGAUACUCAAAUAGUCUAAAGAAGGCCAGUUUUAUUGCUUCUUUAAUCAGAAAAACAGUUUUCAGCUGUGCUAACAUAAUUACAAAAGGGUUUUCUAAUGAUCAAUUAUCCUUUUAAAAUGAUAAACUUGGAUUAGCUAGCACAACGUGCCAUUGGAACACAGAAGUGGUGUUUGCUGAUAAUGGGCCUCUGUACGCCUAUGUAGAUAUUCCAUUAUAAUCAGCCGUUUCCAGCUACAAUAGUCAUUUACAACAUUAACAAUGUCUACUCUGUAUUUCUGAUAAAUAUUUUGUUAUUUUAAAGGACAAAAAAUGUGCUUUUCAUUCCAAAACAAGGACAUUUCUAAGUGACCCCAAACUUUUGAACGGUAGUGUGUGUAUAUAUAUAUAUAAGGUUAUAUACUGUUACAUUUUUUAUAGGAAUUAAGUCUAAAUAAUGUUUUUAAUAGUUUUGCCAUUGAUAAUAUCAAUACUUAUUAAGCCAGAAUGGUGUGUUUUUUAAAUAAUUUUAAUUAUAGUUAUUUAAAAGCCUGCUUUAGAAUACAAAUUAGGGGUUAAACAAGACGCUUGGGAUAUUUGUACUGCUGCUGGUCAGUAUUUAAAGCACAGGAGGUUGGUGGCACCUUUUUGGGGAGAACAGGCUCGUGGUAAUGACUGGAGCGUAAUCAGUGGAAUGGUAUCAAAUACAUCAAACACAAAGUUUCCAGGUGUUUGAUGCCAUUCCGUUUGCGCCGUUCUGGACAGUAUUAUGAGCCGUUCUUCCCUCAGCAGCCUCCACUUAUUUAAAGAUAAAUAAACAUGUUAUAAGACCUGUAUGUGGAGUGUCCCAAACUUUAUGAAAACAUUUUGGAAAGGUGACGAAGAAAUACACUGCAGGUGAGGGACAGGAAGUGUAAUAUUUUGAUCAUGAUAGCUAUUUUCUAUUAUUCUAUUUUCUAUAAUUUCUCAGUCUCAGCCACAAACCCCUCAGCCUCAGUCUCAGCCACAAACCCCUCAUAACCUGUCUGUCAUUGAGAUAUCUUCUGCCACAGGACAGAAGUGCUAAAGUCACACAGAAAAUUGUAAACAGAUUCUACCCAAUAUGCCACAGGUUUUUCCACACCCUAGUAAGGGCUCUACAGUGCUGCCAUUUUGGGACAUAUUUUCCUAAAUAUUUUGCUAUGCUACCUGGAAUGUUAAUUUGGGAGCAUCAGUGCCCCUAGAAAAAAAAAUUGACCAAAUAAUAAUUGUUGUAAUUAUAUCUUUGCCGUCCCAUAGCCUCAGUAGUAUGCAAACAUGGAGAUGAGCUUCAGGGGAUGAGCUUCAAAAUAAGCUAGGAUAUUUUUCUGGUGCUUCUAAUCCCUGCAUUUUGUAAUUGCUGGCAAUUCUUAUCAUUAAAGGGGCACUCUGCAAUCACAACAUACAUUUUGACUUAUAAAGAAUGAUAUACUUUAAAUCCUUUGAUGAUUGAAGAGUUUAACUUAUAAGCGCCCCAGAGCUUAGUUCCACUGUUGUACCCCAUCAGAAGCCAAAAUAUAGGGCUCUAUUCAACAUGUAUUGCUAAUGCAUUACAGGCUGCGUGAUAGAAAGGUGAAGGUCAUUUCAGAUUGAGCCGACAUAUGCAGCGUUUACCGUGAAAGCUGGCUCCACUGUAAUGCUGAAUUUCCGUGAUAUGGAUUGAAUAUAGCCCAUGAGCAUGUUUUUACAAUAUUUGUCAACAAAAUGAAUGUAAACAAACACUGUAUAACCUCCAAACAUUGUUCAAACUAUAAUCAUGGAUGAACAGUUCCUUGCAUCUAUAUGUGGCUCUGUCAAUGACUUUGAGUGUGGUUACAUUUCUCCAGGCCCUUAACCUUUUACCGAAACAGUGGCGAGGAAAAUUGCAGAUUGCAGAUUUAAUACCUCUAAUAUUUGGCAUUCUGCUCCUAAAUUGUUCAACUUAGGAGCAGAUGUGUCACGUAGAGCCCUGCUGUAAUAACAGGUCAUCUCUCUACAUCCUAUUGACUCUAGAGGAACUCAGCCCUGUCCAUUGCAGAUACCCAGUCUAAGGCCAAAGUCUGCCUCACUCUACCUCACGCCUACCCUACCUACAUAACCUCUACCCCCCCACAAACAUAUGCUGUUAAAUCAUGUUUCUAUAUGCUCUAGUUUUUAUAUUUAGCUUACAGUAGGCGUAUCAUGUAAUAUACAGUGCCUUCAGAAAGUAUUCAUACCCCUUGACUUAUUCCACAUUUUGUUGUUACAGUCUGAAUUCAAAAUGGAUGAAAUUUAUUUGUUUUCUCACACAAUACACCAUGAUGACGAAGUGAAAACGUUGUAAAAAUGUUAGCAAUGUUAUUGAAAGUGAAGUACAUAAUGAUCUCAUUUCCAUAAUUACUCACACCCUUGAGUCAAUACAUGUUAGAAUCACCAUUGACAGCGAUUACAGCUGUGAGUCUUUCUGGGUAAGUCUAUAAGAGCUUUGAACACCUGGAUUGUACAAUACUUGCACAUUAUUAUUUAAAAAAUUCUUCAAGCUCUGUCAUGUCUUGCCAUACUGUAACUAGAUCACUCAGGAACAUUCAAUGUCGUCUUGGUAAGCAUCUCCAGUGUAGAUGUGGCCUUGUGUUUUAAGUUAUUGUCCUGCUGAAAGGUGAAUUCAUCUCCAAUGUCUGGUGGAAAGCAGACUGAACCAGGUUUUCCUCUAGGAUUUUGCCUGUGCUUAUCUCCAUUCCAUUUCUUUUUUAUCCUGAAAAACUCCCCAAUCCUUAACAAUUACAAGUACACCCAUUACAUGAUGCAGCCAUCACUAUGCUUGGAAAUAUUGAGAGACGUACUCAGUAAUGUGUUGUAUUGGAUUUGCCCUAAACAUAACACUUUGUAUUCAGGACAAAAAGUUAAUUGCUUUGCCAUCUUUUUUUCUGGAUUAAUUUAGUGCCUUUUUGCAAACAGGAUGCAUGUUUCUGAAUAUUUUUUAUUCUGUACAGGUUUCCAUCUUUUUACUCUGUCAAUUAGGUUAAUAUUGUGGAGUAACUACAAUGUUUUUGAUCCAUCUUCAGUUUCCUCCUAUCACAGCCACUCUAACUGUUUUAAUGUCACCAUUGGCCUCAUGGUGAAAUCCCUGAGCAGUUUCCUUUCUCUCCGGCAACUGAGUUAGGAAGGACGCCUGUAUCUUUGUAGUGGCUGGGUGUAUUGAUACACCAUUCAAAGUAUAUUUAAUAACUUCACCAUGCUCAAAUGGAUAUUCAAUGUCUGUUUAAAAAAUAUAUAUCUACCACUAGCUGCCAUUCUUUGCGAGGCAUUGGAAAACCCCACUGGUCUUUGUGGUUGAAUCUAUAUUUGAAAUCCACUGCUCGACUGAGGGACCUUACAGUUAAUUGUAUGUGUGGAUUACAUAGAUGAGGUAGUCAUUCAAAAAUCAUGUUAAAUACUAUUAUUGCACAUACAUAGAGUGAGUCCAUGCAUAUUAUGUGACUUGUUGAGCAAAUGUGUACUCCUGAACUCAUUUAGGCUUGCCACAAUAAAGGGGUUGAAUUCUU